AUGGAUGAACAGAACGAAUUAGAGCGAAGUGUUUCAGACACAAUUAAUGAUGAACCACAUCAGAACGCGAGGACAGAAUGUCGCAAACAUGUCUUUCUUUUUAAUUGCGACAAAUUGUACAGUUUAGACUCAGUGGAGAAAUUGCUUCUUAACAUGAAAGGCGACAUCAGACAACAACUUAGCUUCGACAUCGUCAAGACAAGUUUUCGCCUUUCUGAAAUGUCGCACGUGGCUGGAAAGGCCAUUCCUAAACUACAGAUGGAUGUUGCCUUUUUCGUGGUUCAUGCGAAUGAACCUUGUCUUUCCAUAAACGAGGAAAAUGCUGGAAUUGGUUAUGCGAAGAUCUAUAAAGCCUUACUCCGAGCCACUGGUAAAUCAAUGACGUAUUCUUUUAUGUCAGUUUUUCAAACAGUAGUUCUAUUUUGCCUAUAGUUGCUAAAAAAAUUCGUAAUGAUUUUAAGUUCUUGCCAGAAAUGUUUAACGAAGACAUGAUAUCAUUUACUGGUGACGGAUGCGCGUUAAGAUUCCUCCCAGAAGUAAUUUUAAGUUGUAGUUUAAAGAUGAACACUGCAUUUCUCUUUUAAGCUACAUUGGAGUCGGCGACGUGACUUAAGCAGUUGACUUUCAAAAGCCUAAACGAAUGAUCAAUCGUUCUUUUUUCCUUUAACCAGGCGGAAAGGUUAUAGUUGUUAUUGGCGGAGACGAUCACUACAAGAAUCAAGAUGAAGAAGAAUCAUCUCUGAUAUCGCGUUGGGCCAAGAGAAAGGUUUCCUCUCAGUUUACAGAUGAGUUUCUUGACGGAAGGAAAAGCUUCAUCUUUUCGUGGAACAAAACUUACCGAAAGAUUCACGAGGAAGCGCUAUUGCAUUAUUUUGACUCGAGUAAGAGAGGACGGAAGUUUGAAAGGAAGCCAAAUGAUCGGCCAAGAGUGCCCCAGGAAACUCUCCACAAGACACCCGUGACUGAGGAGCCAGGAGCGAAAGAGCAUGUGCAAUUUACAGAU